UUUUUUACAACAUUUUGCUGAACUGAUAACAAACUGAUAAGAAGCGAAAUAGUGGAUUUUUCGAGAUUUUUUGGUUGUAAUUCAAGAUCAAGACUAAUUUCGGUUGUUCGUUUCUGAAAAGUGACUUCACUACUGAAAUAAAUUAAAACAAGAACAGUAGAGUAAAAUAUUGGCGCAUUCAACUUUCAAGAGUUUUAUUGAAUAAACCAGAAACAACUCAACAGAGAACUCGAGUAUCUAGUGUCGUUGGUGUAUAAGUACUCAUAUUAUUCAUCAGAACAGAGAAUUACAAUAUGUUGUGAAUUCGAUCCUUCAUUUUCACGACGAUAUAAGUGAAUUCACUCCUGCCAAAAUGUCAUCGAGUAUGUGUAGCGCGAUUUGUACAUUGUACAAAGAAUGGGAUACCACUGAAGUUCACGUCGAUGAAGCAAAUCAUGUAUGGGUGGUUAAUAAUUUUGAUUUCCGCGAAGCUGAAGGAGGAAAUAUAUUUUCUUCCGAAUUCUCAGCUGUUGGAAACGACGAGUUUAAAUGGAGACUGCUGCUAAAACCAAAUGGCGAAACGAAUGCCAAGGAUACGAUUUCUUUCUACUUGAAUCUCUGCAGUCCUAAAACUACGAGUAAAAAAGUGUACGCGAAAUAUACUGUUUUCGUUAUGGAUUCUCGGCAUAAAAAAGUAUUUAUUGCAGAGAGUAAGAUAAAUGAAUACGAUCGGGCGACUAAAGUGAAUCCUAGUUGGGGCCGUAAAGAAUUACUGAAAAAGGACAACAAUUUUCGAAAGAACUAUUUAGUCAAUAAGAAGUUGACGAUCAUUUGCGACGUGAAUUUUUCUACGGUACGCGAUGCCAUUAGUAACACAAGGCAUCAGUGUAAAACUACUCCACUAUACCGAAACGCCCCUCUUUGCGAUCUUUCCGAAAACUUUGGACAGUUAUUAGAACAUCGUGAAUUGGCAGAUGUCAUACUGUCAGUAGAUGGUCAAGAGUAUCCAGCUCACAAGAAUAUUCUGUCAGCUCGAUGUCCAGUAUUUGCUGCUAUGUUCAAACACGAUAUGAGAGAAAAUGGUCAGAAUCGAAUUGAUAUCGAAGAUAUGACUGCAGAAGUCGUUGGUGAAUUUUUGAAGUAUGUUUAUACCGGAAAAUGUGAAAAUGUGAAAAAUGUCGCAGAAGGUUUGCUGGCAGCUGCUGAUAAAUACGGUUUGGAUCGAUUAAAAAUGAUUUGUGCGGAAGAGCUUUACAAGACGUUAUCUGUGGAAAAUGUCGCGAAUGUUUUGCUGCUGGCGGAUAUGCAUGGCGUUAAAGAACUGAAAUCUGAAUCGAUCGAGUUUAUCGUUGCUAAAUUUACCGAAGUGUUCAAUUCCGCAGCUUGGAUAAAUAAUAUCGUUCUUAAGCAUUCUAAUUUGGCGAAUGAAGUGUAUGCAGCGUUAUCAAUACGUACAGCGCCGGAUCCAAGCGCCGAGGUACCGAGAAAAUCUCGGUGGCCCGUGGCGAAUUUGGGUCGGUUGGUACAAAAAUAUAGGAACGUAUUUUUUUCAAUAAAAUAAUAUGGUACUUUGUUGAAAAAUAUAAAUAAAUAAAUAGUAGGAGGGCCCGCAUAAGGAUCACUUGCACCCCCCUGCCGAUCCUUCGGGACAGGAGCCCUAAGGAACAUUUCUAGCCCUCUCGAAAAAAAAGUGGCCCCACUCACAAAAUGGCGGCCAUUUUGAUUGACAGGUCAGCCGAAGUCGCAGAUUUUGCGUUCCAACAUAGGACUAGCAUGAAAUUUUUCAAUUCGUACAAAGGUGGAUCGAAAGAGCAGGCAAUAAUUCAUCACCUGUCAAAAUUUCAAGUGCUAAAGUGCCUUACUCGAUUUUUGGUGAAUUUUCAAAAAUCAAAUUUCAGCCAAAAUGUGAGAAAAAAUCAAAAUUUUACCAAAUUGACCUAGAAAGCUGAAAUUUGGAAUAUACCCUAUUUUCGACCUUCCAAAUCGUUUGGUAACUUUUUCAAAACGUUUUGAGCAGUUCUGGAGCCUCCAGCAGAUUUUUAAAACUCAAAAUUCUCUCAAAAUUUCAUCAAAUGGAGUUGGAAAGCCGAAAUUAAUUUUGCAAACUAAUUUCAAUAUGCUAUGAAGUCGACUGCAGGUAAAUUUCAAGUCGUUUUGGAGCCUCCAGCAAUUUUUUGAAAAUUACUGGAGCCUCCGGUAAAUUUUUGAAACUAGAAAUUUCCCUAAAAUUCUAUCAAAAUGGAGAUGGAAAGCUGAAAUUAACUAUGCACUCCAAUUUUAACACCAUCUGAAGACGACUUCAGGUGGGUUCAAGUAAUUUUGUAGCCUCCAGUGACUUUUUGAAAGGUACAUAUUUUAUGGCGUUUUUAGGAGAAUUGAAACUUCGGAAAAGUAGCUGGGAGCUUCAAAACCACUUGAUGCAGUCGACUUCAUAGCGUAUUGAAAUUAGUUUGCAAAAUUAAUUUCGGCUUUCCAACUCCAUUUGAUGAAAUUUUGAGAGAAUUUUGAGUUUUAAAAAUCUGCUGGAGGCUCCAGAACUGCUCAAAACGUUUUGAAAAAGUUACCAAACGAUUUGGAAGGUCGAAAAUAGGGUACAUCUCAAAUUUCAGCUUUCUAGGUCAAUUUGGUAAAAUUUUGAUUUUUUCUGACAUUUUUGGCCAAAAUUUGAUUUUUGAAAAUUCACCAAAAAUCGAGUAAGGCACUUGAGCACUUGAAAUUUUGACUGGUGAUGAAUUUUUGCCUGCUCUUUCGAUCUACCUUUGUACGAAUUAAAAAAUGUCAUGCCAGUCCUAUGUUGGAACGCAAAAUCUGCAACUUCGGCUGACCGGUCAAUCAAAAUGGCCGCCAUUUUGUAAGAAUAAGGGUCACUUUUUUGAGGACAAGGGUUAGAAAUGAGGAGCUGGAUAUCAAAACGCCGUAAGUCCAUUUUGCAAAAUUUUCAGAAAUGAGGAAAAACUGUGGGGGGUCGGGGGGAGUCGAAGGGGGUCAAAUGUGGUAUCAGAGGAAAGGGGAAGUCACCAUGACCGCAAAACAUGAAAGUGCCCAAAUUUUUGAGAACCGGGGGGAACGUGGGAAGGGGGAGAAAAAAGUUACUGCGUUUUGAUCUGAAAAAAGACAGUUACUGCGUUUUGAUCUGAAACUUGCUACAAAAAUCACGCACAUUUUAUAUCAAAACGCAGUAAAUACACCGGCACUCUCUUACUGAAAUAAAAACACAUGGGUAGAGAACCAUUUUAAUGAUUAUUAUCUAUUAAAUAGUAAAAAAAAUAUUCAAAAUUAAAGCGCCGUUUGCCAUAGUGACUGAGUCAUGACACAAGAUUUUGUUUUUUAUGUUCAGGCCAAGUGUGAUUAUGAUUGAACAAUAUGUUGGAAAUUUUUUAAAAGUCUGUAGUUUCAUUACCAACAGUAACCACCUUCUGAAAUCAAUGUUUACCAACCUUAAAACACAAAAAAUGCUAAAAAUAGUGUAGUUACUGCGUUUUGAAGUAAAAUUGCUGGUUUUAACUGCGUUUUGAAGUAAAUCCCAACUUUGAGUGGGAUUUUCGAGGUGAAGCAUGGCAGAUGGAUUUACAACGAUGGCUGCAAUCGAUUUCCCGUUGAAUUUUACAUAGGAAAACACUCUUAUCUCAAUUUUCAUAAAAAUGGACUUACGGCGUUUUGAUAUCCAGCUCCUCAAAUGUUCCUUAGGACUCGCCCCUUUAAGAAAAAAGUUAUCACGGAGGAUCGGCAGGGGGGUGUAAGUGAUCUUUAUGCGGGCCCCCCGACUAAAAUAAAUAAAAAAAUGAAAAAUAUAUUUGUACCAACCGGUCCAGCGAGAUUGUCUUGUUACUGAGGCGUUUGGGUCCUGCGCUGUACGUACAACAUCCAGUGGAAGAUUGAAUUUAAAAUUUAUCAACUCAUGAAGUACUUUAAAAAAGUGUUUUUCAAGUUGCAUAUUUUGCGGUACAUUGAAGUUAUACUUUUUCAAUUGAAAUUAAUCGAAUUCGUCGCAUUUCGUGGUGUAUUCCUCAACAGGUUAUAUAUUCAUAUUUUCUAUUGUACCUAUCGACUUUUUUAGGAUUCUUAAUUUUAUAUAUUUUUUAUUGUGAUUUUUUAAACCAUUAAAUUUUGAUUCGUUUGAUU